AUGUCCGGAAGGGACUUCCACCAGAAUCUAGCAGAGGAAAGCAUGAGGCUCAACAUGGAAAACGCACAUCUCCGAUAUGUAGGGUCGGGAAAUGGAUUCGGUACUCAUAUGGGUAAUGCCCAAUAUAUCUCCACCAACAAUAUGUACCCUGGUGUUCCCAAAGGUACCGGAAUGCUCAUAUUCAACAACCUUCCCCAGAUGCAACCUUACAUACAACAAGGCAAUAGGGCUUUUGCAUAUCAAUACCAGGGUGGUCAUCGGGGUGACCGUAUGAGCAAUCUGACUAACAUCAUGCAACCGAUCGGUGGCCCAUUCAAUGGCCAAGAGUUCGGUCCGUCGUUAGCUAACCAGCGAAUGGGUAUCGGAAGUGUCACACCCAGGCCAACUCCCUGUAAUAUAUGUGGCCGAGUCUUUGCUCACAUGUUGAGUAUGGCAAAUCAUAGACGGGCAUCUCAUGGUCGUUGA